AUGUUGAUAUGGGAGAAGAAGCGUGAAAGUACAACCGACGCUGAAAAAAGUCAUUUGAACACGGACGUUAGCGUGGGAAUGGAAGAACAGGUUAAAGAAGGUGAAAAUUGUGGAGAGAACGGAAAGUUAUCUGACAAAUCACUGGAUACCUUUGACAAGAAAAUUGAACGCGGCGAGAAAAAUGGAGAUGCUGAUAAAACAGACGACUUUAUAGAUAGUUCUUCUAAAGAGGGUGAGAAUGAAACUGCCAUUGAGGAUGAAUCGACCAAAGUGGCUGUAACUAGUAAAGAUAGCCAUGACAACGAAGUAGGUGACGUGAAAAUAGAUACCAAACACGAAGAUGAAAGACAACCAUCCUUGGAGACAGUCAAUGAAAAGGCUGAUGAUCUCGUUCAAGCAAAACGAGAAACUAGAAAAAGGAAGUCCAUUGGAGGCGAUGAUGAUGAUGAUACAGAACCGCCACCGGAGAAAAAGAAAGCGUAA